GUGUUUCAACGCAGGCCACGGCAGCGGGUAUCGUUUCUACAGGAAGCCCGAACCGAAGAGCGUAUAAAUAUUGUAAUAGAACCGUCUUGCUGGUUCAGUAGACACUCAGGUGGUUCAAGUGUUCAAUUGAACUUAGUGGAUAAAAAUGGUGGAAAAUCGUACUACAGACAACGACAGUGAUGUUUAGAAGAAUCCAAAAUAAUUAUGUAAUGUUCAUAGAAGAUCAAAAGUGAUGAGCAGUUAUCAAUACACAGUGAAGGAAGCUUUUCGUGCAAAACAGUGCUAAUUCAAAAGUAAAUAAUUAAACUACAGUUUCAAAAAAAUGAUCCAAAUGCGGUGGAACAGUGAAACAAAGCGGAUGUCACCGACGUCUAGUAGUAGAAGCAGAAGUGCAACAAUGUUUGAUAAAUGCAGAGCAAUGUCGAUAAGACAAACGACCUCCAGCUACUGGUGGUCAUCAGCGAUGCUGGUGGUGAUGGUGAGCAUCAACGCAACGGGAUCCAGAGCCUUCGACGUGUACUGGAACAUUCCGACGUUCAUGUGCAACCAGUAUCAGAUGAACUUCUCCAGCAUAGGGCCCACCUACGAAGUGUACCAGAACGGGAACGAUAGCUUCCGGGGGAAUGCCAUAUCGAUCCUGUACGAUCCGGGCAAGUUCCCUGCGCUGCUGGAGAAAUCUUCCACCCGGGUGCUGUACAAACGAAAUGGUGGCGUACCGCAGGAGGGAAAUCUCACCGAACAUUUGGACAUUUUUCGAAAGCACAUGGAUGAACUGGUUACAGAUGCAGAUUUCUCCGGUGUCGGAGUCAUCGAUUUCGAGUCGUGGCGACCAAUAUUUCGGCAGAAUUUCGGCUCGCUGCAACCCUAUAAGGACCUUUCGAUGAAAAUCGAAAAACAGAGGCAUCCAAAUUUGCCUCCCAAGUGGCUGGAAGCUGAGGCAACCCGACGGUUUGAAUCAACAGGCCGGGAGUUCAUGGCUCAGACGUUGCUGUUGGCCAAACAGUUGCGGCCUCGAGCGGCCUGGGGCUAUUAUGCCUUUCCCUACUGCUUCAACAUGAACGGAGGAUCCACGAGCAAUGGCCAACGGGAGGACUGCUCGGCCGAGGUGCAGCGGGAAAAUGACCGCAUCCAGUGGCUGUUUGACGAUUCGGAUAUCAUCUUCCCGUCAGUUUAUCUGAGGGAGAAGCUCGGCGCCGGAGACCGCAUCAAGCUGAUUCGGGGCCGCGUGAAGGAAGCUGUUCGGAUGGCACGGAGGGCCAAUGUCCAGCCCAAGCCCCGGGUGUUGACGUACAUUCGGUACGUCUACACGGACAGCGUCAAGUACCUGACCGAGUCGGAUUGGAUCAACGCACUGAAUGCCAUGAAACAAUUUGGUUCCGAUGGAGUCAUCCUGUGGGGCAGCUCUUAUGAUCUCAAUAAUAAGGAAAAGUGCACCGGCUUCAAAUCCUACAUGGACACAACGUUGGGUCCGAUUCUGCAAUCUCUCCAACAACGAUAUAUCGUCGAAAGUCUCAAACCGCGAGACUUUCCUUUGUAGCGCUUAAAUUAACAUAUCGAAUCGAACGACGAAACCAACGGCAGUAUUCAUGUGCACCAAAUUUACACUAAACACACAAACAUCCAUGUGAUCGAGAAACCCAAAUGCAACCAUCUUUAGAUGUAGGAUUCGUGUAUUGUUUAAGUAUUAGGGCCCUCGUACGAUAGACAGCUAUAUUAUAGGUAUUUUAUUGAGCAGCAGAUACACUAGGAAUAAAACAUUCACAAGUUUAA